AUGACUGGAGACCGAUCUCUCUUUAAGGUUUUCGAGUCUAAGAAUGGUGGUGAUGUCACUUUCAGUGAUGGGAGAAAAUCACAGAUUAAAGGAAAGGGAGCCAUCUCUCUACUUGGACUGCCAGACAUUGGAAAUGUGCUAUAUGUAGAUGAAGAUGACGAGUUGAUAGUUGCUCAAGUCUAUGUUGAUGAUAUCAUCUUUUGGUCGACAAAGGAUAAACUUGCUCAUUAUUUCUCCAAACUCAUGCAAGCUGAGUUCGAGAUAAAUAUGAUUGGAGAGUUGAAUCACUUCCUUGGGUUGCAGAUCUGUCAGCAAGAGUCAGGUAUAUUCAUAUCUCAAUCCAAAUAUGCUAAAAAUCUUGUGAAAAUGUUUGGUUUGGAAUUUGCUAGUUCUGUUAGAACCCCCAUGAGCUCAAAUCUUAAAUUCACUGUUGAUUUAUUGGAAAAAAAUGUUGAUUCUUCUCUAUAUGAAAGCAUGAUAAGUAGUCUUCUUUACCUUACUGCUAGUAGCCUUGACAUAGUUACAGUGUGGGAGUGUGUGCUAAAUGUCAGGCUAAUCCCAAAGAGUCUCAUAUAA